CAACUGCGGCUCAUCUUCUCGACACCACCGACGCCGUCUUGGGGGCGAAGAAUUGCCUGCUCAAUCAUGGCGAGGAUCAGUUCCUUGGCCCUAUCUGCCUCGCUGCUACUAGCCAGCCUAGUUGCCGCUGAGCAGCCAUGGACCCCGAAACAUGAAGCUGGCCGGUGUGCCAUGCGCGGGCAUUGCGGCAAGAAGAGCUGGUUUGGCAAGGAGCUGCCUUGUGUUGAUAACGGACCUGCCGAGAACCCCGACGAGGACUUUCGCAAGUUGCUUGUCGACCUGUGCGGGCCAAAAUGGGAGACAGGCCCUGUCUGCUGCGACAAAUCGCAGGUUGAAUCUCUCAAGUCUGAACUGUCAACGCCUCGACAAAUCGUAUCUUCAUGCCCGGCUUGCAAAGACAACUUCUACAACCUUUUCUGCACCUUUACCUGCUCACCCGACCAGUCGCUGUUUAUCAAUGUUACCAAGGCUCAGGAAAAGAAUGGAAAGCUUCAAGUCGCCCAGGUGGAUCAGCUGAUAUCGAACGAGUAUGGAACUGGCUUCUAUGACAGUUGCAAGGAUGUCAAGUUCGGCCCGUCAAACUCCAAGGCCAUGGACUUCAUCGGCGGCGGCGCCAAGAAUUACACACAGCUGUUGAAAUUCUUGGGAGAUGAAAAGGCCAUUGGAUCUCCAUUCCAAAUCAACUUCCCAACAGAGUACUCGGAACCGGCUAUGUCGCCGCGGGAGAUGAAGCCAAAACGAUGCAACGACGAUGAUCCAAACUUCCGAUGUGCCUGCGUCGACUGUCCUCAAGUCUGCCCCGAGCUUCCCGCUGUUGAAGAGGCUGGGUCUUGCCAUGUCGGCUCACUUCCAUGCCUUUCGUUUGCUGCUAUCUUCACCUACAGUAUCAUCCUGUUUAGUCUUGCCGUCGCGCUUACGGGUGGUUUUGUGCUGAGGAAGCACAAUGAGCGCCGCCGUGAAAGGCUGAGACUCCUCCAGGAUCCCGUUCGGAGCGACGACGAGGACGAGGGGGAUCUCGUGCACAACAACGCCAUGCUUGACCGGCCUCAGACCAACUACCCUGUCAACUCGUGGUGCGACUCUGCCUUCAGCAAGCUCGGACAUACUGCAGCGAGAUUCCCGGGUAUCACCAUCAUCAGCAGCUUGAUUAUCGUCGCGGUCCUGUCACUCGGUCUGUUUAGGUUCGACAUCGAGAAGGAUCCUGCACGGCUCUGGGUCAGCCCGACGUCGGCUGCCGCGCAAGAAAAGGCAUUUUUCGACUCCAACUUUGGGCCCUUCUACCGCGCCGAGAAAAUCUUCCUGGUCAACGACACCAACCCAUCAUCUCCCGGGCCAGUCCUGAGCUACGACAACCUCGUCUGGUGGAUCGAAGUCGAGAACAGUGUCAAGCAACUUAAGGGUCCCAGGUUUGGCGCAAUGUUGCAGGAUGUCUGUCUCAAACCGACUGGGUCUGCGUGUGUAGUGCAGUCGGUAGCGGCCUACUUUGGUAACGACGCCGACGAAGUCAGCAAGACUGGAUGGAAAAGCACUCUCCGAAACUGCGCGCAAUCUCCAGUUGAGUGCCGACCAGACUUUGGGCAGCCCAUCGAUCCCGGGAUGAUUCUGGGUGGGUACGAGGAUGGAGACGACAUUGCGGAUGCGCAGGCUAUGACGGUGACCUGGGUCCUGAACAAUUUCCCCGAGGGAACCUCAGAAGAGGCGCGGGCCAUGGACUUUGAGGAGGCUCUGAAAAACCGACUCUUGAAGCUUCAGGGCGAAGCUGCCGACAGGGGUCUGAGGCUUUCCUUUUCUACCGAGAUCAGCCUCGAGCAGGAGCUGAACAAAUCGACCAACACUGACGCCAAGAUCAUUGUGGUCAGCUAUAUCGUGAUGUUCCUGUAUGCAUCCAUCGCUCUUGGCUCCACCACGCUCAAUUUCCGGGAGCUUUUCCGAAACAAGUCUGUCUUUUUCGUUCAGUCCAAGUUUGGCCUAGGCAUUGUCGGCAUCGCCAUUGUGCUCUUGUCGAUCCUGGCAUCCAUCGGUCUCUUUUCGUGGUUUGGACUCAAGGCAACUCUGAUUAUUGUUGACGUUAUCCCUUUUAUCGUCCUGGCUGUUGGUGUCGACAACAUCUUCCUCAUCGUCCAUGAGUUCGAGCGUGUCAACAUCAGCCACCCUGAUCUUGAUGUCGAGCUGCGCAUCGCAAAGGCUCUGGGGAGGAUGGGACCAUCCAUUCUGUUCUCGGCCGUCACUGAAACAGCAUCCUUUGCACUGGGUGCCUUCGUGGGGAUGCCUGCCGUGCGAAACUUCGCCAUUUAUGCUGCAGGGGCUGUUUUCAUUAAUGCGCUCUUGCAGGUCACCAUGUUUGUCUCUUUCUUGACGUUGAACCAGCAACGUGUUGAGGACUGCCGCAUGGACCUGUUUCCGUGUGUGCAGCUCAAAUCAGCGCGGAUCCAUCUCAACGACAGCGGCAAUCUCGGGCCGCGAUACCACGAGACCCCACAGGAGAGCAUGCUGCAGCAGUUCAUUAGGAAAACCUAUGCACCCGCUCUUCUUGGCAAAAAGGUCAAGGCUGUUGUCAUUCUCGUUUUCUUGGGCUUGUUCACUGCGGGAGUGUCCUUGAUCCCAGAGGUCGAACUUGGUCUUGAUCAGCGCGUGGCCAUCCCGGACGACUCUUAUCUCAUUCCUUACUUUAACGACCUCUAUGCGUACUUCGACUCGGGCCCGCCGGUCUACUUUGUCACUAAGGAGUCGAACUUCACCCAGAGGAAGCAUCAACAAGAGGUUUGCGCCAGGUUCACGACGUGCAACGAGCUCUCCAUGACCAACAUACUGGAACAGGAGCGCAAGCGACCUGAAAUCUCGUACAUCGCCUCCCCGACCGCAAGCUGGAUCGACGAUUUCUUCCUGUGGCUUGACCCGGAUCUGGGAGAAAGCUGCUGCGUGGAAAACGGCAAGGCUUGCUUCGCCGACCGGAAUCCGCCUUGGAGCAUCACCAUGUCGGGCAUGCCCAAGGGCCAAGAGUUUGUGCGUUAUCUCGACAAGUUCCUUCAGUCACCCACGACCGACGAGUGCCCUCUGGGAGGUCAGGCUGCAUACGGCGAUGCUGUAGUCAUUGAUCAUGAAAAGACUACCAUUGAUGCCUCGCAUUUCCGCACUAUGCACACACCGCUGCGCAGCCAAAAUGAUUUCAUCAAGGCCUAUGCUUCAGCCCGAAGAAUCGCAAAUGAUAUCAGCGCUCAGACCGGAACCGAGGUCUUCCCUUAUAGUGUUUUCUACAUCUUUUUCGACCAGUACGCAAGCAUUGUCGACCUCACGCUGGCUCUCGUAGGUUCGGCGCUUGCGUUGAUUUUCGUCAUCUCCACCGUGCUUCUCGGAUCCUUCAUCACAGCCGCCGUUGUCACUGUCACGGUCAUGAUGGCUGUGGUUGACAUUGUAGGCGCCAUGGCUGUCAUGGGUGUUUCGCUGAACGCCGUUUCGCUGGUCAAUUUGAUCAUCUGUGUGGGAAUUGCAGUCGAGUUCUGUGUGCACAUCGCGCGCGCCUUCAUGUUCCCGUCUCGGACUUUUAUGGAACGGGCAAAGAACCGUUUCCGCGGCCGCGACGCUCGUACCUGGACUGCCCUGGCCAACGUCGGCGGGUCUGUGUUCUCUGGCAUUACCGUCACCAAGCUUCUCGGAGUGACGGUGCUGGCCUUUACCCGGUCCAAGAUAUUCGAGAUCUACUACUUCCGCGUGUGGGUCGCGCUCGUCAUCUUUGCGGCCACACAUGCGCUCAUCUUCCUGCCUGUAGCGCUCAGCCUACUCGGUGGCGAGGGCUACGUGGAUCCCGAGAGCAUCGGGGGUCUUGAGGAGGACUUGGCAGCUCGGCGGCAUAGGGCCACUUUUGAGCCCUAUUCUGACUCGGAGGACGAUGAGUAG